AUGAACCAGGCCCAAAUUCCUUCGGCAGAGACCAAGCCCCACGGGGUCAGGCCCCACAUCUGCUGUGUGCCCCCUCCCUGCGCCCCCACCUCGCUGAGCAGCACGCCCCUCCUGGUCAGAGCCAAGCCCCGACGAGGCGACCCGCAGCCGAGCCAGCCCGCGGAGAGCGAGCCCUGCCCCGCGGAGCGGAUCCCAGACGAUCCUGGAGAGACCACCGACUCGGACCCGUCGGACUCGGCCCCCGACAGCGGCUGGUUGAGCGCCGACGAGUCCUCCGGAUACGAGAGCGCGGAGCGCUCCGCGGCGGCGGGCGGGACCCGCGGGCGGCAGCGGCGGGCGCGGACCGCCUUCACCUCUGAGCAGGUCUGCCGGCUGGAGAAGACCUUCCAGCGUCAGAAGUACCUGGGGGCCACGGAGCGGAGGAAGCUGGCGGCUGCCUUGCAGCUCUCGGAGAUCCAGAUCAAGACCUGGUUUCAGAACCGGAGGAUGAAACUGAAGAGGCAGAUACAGGACCACCAGCACAGCCCCGUGUCUCCUGUUCCACUCUACAGCUACCCCACGGGGGCCUCACCAGCUCUGUUUCAGGAUGGUCUCCACUACCCCUUUGCUCUCCAGCACCAGAGACUCCUGCCUUUUACCCCGGUGCCUGCUGUGCAGUUCAGCUUCUCCUUUCCCAGAUAUGAUGCAUCGCAAAGCACCUACCCCUUCAUAGGAAAUGAGCUGCCGUACUAUCAUCAACACUUUCUUCCUCAUCCCUCUUUCCAUCCAGUUAUUCAGAACAAAAUGGACAGUCAGUGCCACCUUGUAUAUGCAUUAUAG